CGGGCUAAUGUUGCAAGCCAGUUGCCGUGCGCACGGCUUGGGCUGUUUUUCUCAAGUUUCCGGCUUUUAGAAGUGGAACUAAUUCGCCCCUGAGCAUGGAGUGGGACCUGGAAGGCUACGCUAUAGGAUCUCGGCCUUCCCUGCCCGAGUUUGGAGAGUUGCUAGAAGACGUGACGUUUGUGGACUAUUUCAACAUCUUCCUAAGUCUACCAAUAUUUGGACAGAGUUUGUUUUAUCGACGGUCUGUUAAGAAGUUUGAGCUGCACCCAUCCAUUAACAAGGCCAUCUAUGUCCUGGACCGUCAGAAGCUGCACAGUUGGGUGAUCCGUGAGCGUUUCUCCCUCUUCCUGACCUCUGACCUGUACGUGGAGUACCUCCUGAACAAGAGACUAAAACAGACCACAGUACACCUCAGUCCUAGUGACAGGGACGGCAGCAAAGAUAAGCAUGUGCGUAGCCUGGGUGACAUGUUACGUCGGGCGCUGAAGAAGGUUCGCGGCAUGAGGCGUUUCCGUAAGUCGCUUGCCGGCACCCCUGGACAGAGCUACCUGGCCUUCUGGUUGGAUGCUGAGGCGUACCGACGCCAGCCACGUGCCACGAAGAGAAGGACUCUUCUACGAGACAUCAUCAGGAAGUAUUUCUGUAAUGGUGCAGUCUUAGAGAUGCCUCCUGCCAUUCAACUUCAAGUCUUACAAGCUGGUGUUGAUGAGAAGUUGACGUUACAAGCAGAGUUCACUGCAGGCUGCCCCUCCCCCCACCUGUUGUCUGGUGUUCAACAGGUGGUUCUAGACACCAUACAGUCCUACUGGCUACCUCGCUACAUGGGCUGGUGCAGGGCCAGGUACACUGAAUCCAUACUGAAGCCAGGACAGUUUUUCAUACUGGAUGAAGACUAUGAGGAUGAUGAUAUCGUGUUAGCUCAGACUGCGAGCAUCUCUAACAUCACAGUGGCUGGACUGGUGCAGCUGGCCACGUCUCCGACCGCUGGCGGCGCGAUGGAAAUAGCGUCAACGACGUCACUGGGUCGCCGGGAAUCGGACAGCGCAGUGGCAAAGGAUGAUGGGAAACUAUCACAAGAAGAAGUGUCUGCCCCAACGAGCAUUUCUGAAGAAAAAGAGGCUAUAGUAGACUCUCCUGCCAUGACACCACCUGUAGUCAGAAUAGUGGAGCCAGACGGCACUGUUACCCAGACUAGCUCAGAGCCUCAGGAGGCUGGCAGCCAGGCUAAGUUACAGCCUCAGAGGACUGGUAGCCAGGCUAAAGUAGAGGCAGUGAAGACUAAGAAACAAGCUCAGGCGGAUGAAGAGAAAGCUCAACAGGAAGCUAUGGAAAGGAAAAGACAGGUGAAGCAGGCUCUCCACCAGUUGAAGACAAAGUACCCGAUGCGGCUGACACCCAAGGCCCUGUCCAUGCUGCAGAGACAAGAGCAACUUAAGAAAGCUGAGAGUCUUAAAGAACGUAGAAGUAAGGACAGAAGCAGUUCUACAAUACAGCAGCUCAGCUGGAAGAAGGACCAAAAACGGCGAGGGAGAAGACAAGAGGUGUUUGCUGUGAAGCCAAGAACACCAUUAAUAGACAAGGAUAGUUACCGCAAACCCAAGACCGGCAAAACCGCCACACCACGUCUGCCUAUCAGAGACAAGCUAUCAUCUAAGACUCCUGCUACGACAAAGGACAUCAAGAACAAGAUUGAGUCCAUCAGCCAAGGAGACACUUGUCCUUUCCAUCUUCCACACAUCUCCGGUGGCCCCACCCUCCCCCAGCCAACAUCUUACAGCUUGUACUCUCUUUACAAGGAACAACAAGAAGUUUUCCUAAGAAGCAACAAGUUUCUUUUCCUAGCCCUCGAGUCAGACAGACUAGCGGGAGACCCAUUUUACUCCUCUCUCGAUAAGAAGGGUUUGGAGAAGGAGAAGAGUGUCUUUAAGUUCUGGCAGGCAGCACAGGAGUUACUGAAUCUUGAGAUGACGUUUUCGUCGGGGGAUAAGUCAGUUUGGUAUGAGAAGAGUAGGAGGCUGGUGGAGACACACAUGAGACCAGGGUUGUCAGAGUACACUGCUGUAGGACCGGGGUUAGGGGAGGUACUGAGAACCACUCCUCCUUCUGCACUGUGGUGUGUGUAUCUACAACAGGCACAGAUCAACAUCACUACGUGUCUUGCCAAGAGUUGGGAGGAGUUUUGUGAUGAGGACAUAGACAACUUUCAACAGGCAGUGUCUGUUCGCCAAAGACGAGUCGGCGUGGGAACAAGCGACUAUCUCCCGCUACUCCGUACAUCGUCCUUUGGAAUGUCAGGACUUCCCGCCAGAAAAAGCAGCACCCAGAUUUUUGCCAAGAAACAGUCGACACCUCCUCUACCCGGGGAAGGCACCCUUAAAGUGGAGAAGGAACCUCCUGGUCUUAAACAACGGAAGGAAAAAGCUGUGAAUCUGGCUGACCAGGUAUCAAGAACAAUAGACACACAGGAGAUGGAAGACUUAAGUGACUACUUUGAGGAGUCUGAUGAUGAUCUGUCACUCAAAGGAGAGAAGACACUACCUGCUCGAAGAUUACCGGCGUUUCCAAAGAAAGUGGACUACAAGCAGCUGGCUGCCCAGAGUGCACGGGAGUACCCUAACAAGUGGUACCGCCCUGUACAGAAGUGUGAGGUUCAGGGACCGGCUAACUCCAAGAUGCCGUUUUUCUUCCGCUCUGUCAAGAAACAUGGAGUCAUCUUGCCUCCACCAAGCAAACCCAAGAACUAUGCAGAGGUCCUACGGAACAGCGUACAUCUGGAGUACUUCAAGCGUUUCCUGAUGUCGGAGGGGUCGGAGGCACCGCUGCUGUUCUGGAUCGCGGUGGAAAACAUGAGAGUCCACAGCAAGGACAACAGGGAGAAACAGGCCAAGGCAAUACAGAUCGUCAGGAGGUACUUCAGCAAAACUGCUGGGAAAGGUGUUGCCCUACAGUGUGAUGCGCAGGUGAUCAGGGACAUUGCUAAGAUGGGCAGCAUCACUCCUGCCAUGUUACUGUCUGCUCAGGCUGCUGUGGCAAAGUCACUCGGCGACCGCUGGUAUGAGAAGUACAGAGACUGUUUCCCAGAUGACAGCACCACAGACCUACAGGACGAGGAGCAGGAGGAAGCUGACUCACCUGAGGAGAAAUCCAAACCCAAAGUCAUCAGCCUGAAAGCAAAAACAAGAGCCAUCUGUUUCGCUAUUGUUCGCUCCAUCAUUGCCCUGAGACAAGCCUUACACAGAAGACUACAGAGUCAGGAGUUUGAAGACUAUCUCAGAGCUGAGAGCUUCAGGCCCAAUUCUGCAAACAUCCAAACUCCCAACCAGCCAAAGAUUAAGGAUUUUGAGGCCCACGACUUUCUGGACUCUGAAGAGAAGGAGAAGAAACCUCGUCUGACAAGACGGUUCAUCGGAGGUCGAGUCAUCUUUGUGGAGAAACUGCCCAAGGAUGUGGCUUUCUUUAAGGAAGUUGAAUGUUACAAAGCCCUUGCAGAUGAGGUGGCUAAGAACGCCCAGUGUGGGGAAUACUCCAUGGAUGAGGAUGAACUACUGAAGAGAAAGGCUUCUGCUAUCAUCAAGUGUUUUCUAGAAUCCUCAAUCCCCCCAAAGGUCCAGAUAAACAUCCCACCAGAAAUGGCGUCUCACAUUAUCGGGGAUGCAAACCGUGGGUUCUACGACCGCGGGCUGUUCUACGAUGCCAUCAUGACAAUCUUCCCCACCCUGGUGCACUUCUGGAAAAAGUAUUGUCGAGAGAAGAAUGACCUUUCACCCCAUGAGGAUUGGAGGCUGACACUGAAGAAAAAGACUCUCCAGUUCCCAGACUACCUCAACAUGAACACAGAGGAACCGUUUGUUAGGAUACCUGGGAUUUCAUUGUCGGACCCCCCACGGCUCCUGUUCUCCAUGGCGCAGGGCCCGCGGUUCAUCGCUCCCCCUAAACUACCGGAGGGUAACGAGGAGAUGCCUGAUGACCUGGUGGUUUAUCUGAGUACACGCGGGGAUGUCGUCAGGGGCGUGUCACCCAGCAUGCUGCGGGCAUGACAGUACAGGAAAAGAACAACGGAA